AAAAAAGUACCAAUUUGCUAUCAGCAGCACUCUACUUGCCGGAACAACGGAGGGAGCGAGAGGGAGAGGGAGAGGGAGAGGGAGAGAUAGAUAGAUAGAGAGAGAGAAUGGAAGGAUUAAAGAAGCUGGAAAAAGUACAAAAUACGAUAAUGUUCCUACAAAACCAUAACCUUAUUGACUCCUCUUCUUCUCCUCACUUGAAUCAUCCUGACUCUAAUCGUUUCCUUGCUAAUCUUUUGCUUCUCCUGAUACAACCAUGUGGACAACUGGAUAUGGAGGCUAAAUCCCAUUUAAUUUCUGCAACUUUGCCCAAGAUUUCAGCAUCAUUUCUCGAGGAAGCAUCACUUUUUCUCGGUGAAAAUAUUGGCGAAGAAGGUUUUUGCAAUGGAAUACACUCUGAUCAGAAGGCUGUUGUACAGUCUCUAAACAGCGAAAUUAGCGAUAUGGCUAUUGUUGGUUACGAUGCAAUGCAGAGAGCAAAUUCUACCUUGGAAGAUUUUUGCAGGUCUUAUUUUAUGUUUCACGGAAUGGAUGCUAACAAGCCACAAACAACUUUUAGAUAUCUACCGUUGCUUUCAUUCACUGAAAGUUAUAUUUACCAGUUGGACAACUUAAAUGAGAAACUAAUGCAGUUGCCAACCAGCGGAGAUCCAUUAAACAAACCACCUGAUGCGGUACAGGAGGGAAACCGGAGCUGCAUUAUUAGUUCAGCGGAAUCAUUCAAAACUGAUCCUUUUAGACCACUUGUCCUUCUCCUGGAGCGUCUUGGACUUCUGACAGAGCGGAUAAAGGAAGAAUUCAAAUGCGGAGAGCAAUACUGGACCAUUGAAAGAAAGCUCUGUAGUGCACUAACAAACAGAUUGGAGAUAUCUAUUGAUGAUGUGAAGAUGGCAAUCCACCUGAAGUCAUUUGAUUAUCGAGUUCUUAAUCUUUUGUUGUAUCAGUUGAGAGGUGAAAAGGUUAAUGAAUUGCAUAUGGAUUUCCUUUCGGUAUCAGAAUUCCUCGUCGAAGUAUCUGAUGAUUUGUUUGACUAUGAGGAUGAUGUAUUAGAAAACAGUUUCAAUGUUCUUCGAAUGUUUGUUAGAAUAUAUGGUUCUGGCAGAGCCCCAGUCAUGUUGGCUAAAUUUAUUGCGGAGGCUGAAGAGAAGUACAAUUGUUUGCUAAAAGCUCUGGAUCCUAUUUUAUCUGUUAAAUAUCAGAGAAGAUGUGAAGAAGCCACGAGUGAAGGUGGUGAGAAGUCCACUUCACCUCUUGGAUCUUGGACUAUUCCCCCAAUUAUAAAAGACGAAGAAUUAUAUCGAUCUGAACAUUUGAGACCAACAACUGCAACUAAUUGAGGGAUAAAAGCAUUCAUCUUUGUUCUCAGAGGCACAAAUACAUUAAUGCUCAACCCUAUGUUACGUUGAACAUAACAGGAAGCAAUGAGUAUUGACUAGUUGUUGCACUUUGACUCACUUGUACGGUUCGCACUAUGACUCAAGUCCUGGUACGACAAUACUGUUGAUAUCUGUGGCUCUGCGUUUUUAUUUAUUGCAACGUCUUUUGAUUGAAUGAAUGAAUGAAAUGUUCAUUGCAGUCUUUCACUGUACUUGAUUAGAUUGAUUGGUUAUUUAACGUCAGAUCAGCUGUAAUUUUGCAAAUUCCAUAUAUCCAAAAAGAUAACGCAAACAAGUUGAGGAUCAAAAUAUUACUCUGCUUUUCU